CCAUUUAUAAAGAACUUCACAAGUAAUUGUUUUGAACAACCUGUGGGCUCUUCCAGCUCUGCAGUUUGAACCGACUAUGUCCCAGCCACAGCGAAAACUAUCUGUUCGACGAGGAUCUGUUAGUGCGUCAGAUCCGUUUGGACAACAUGCUACCCUCAAUCAUGAUCCUAAUCGAUCAUCAUCAUCGACUUUGACCAUCGUUCGCGUCCUGGAUCCCAAUUCGCAAGCAGGGACAUCACAAAGUACCGGGGUCACUCCGAUUAAUCUUCUAGAACCGUCUGCGCCAGCGCUUCACCGACGUUCACUACGUCAUCCUGGGAGUAUAACUUCUUCGACGAAUGCAGACGGAUCAUCAGCUGGUAGACUCAGCUUUGCAUUUUCGUCUUUCGCUCCAAAUUCUCCAGCUUCAACUUCCUCUUCUGUAUCUGCGCCAGCCGUCGCUACUUCGCCUAGCCGACGUGCCUCCAGCCCGUCUACUUCCCCCCGUCUGCGCUCUAGUUCACCGCAGUUCACCCGGAGACAAUCUGCGUCAGGUUCUUCCCCAUUUUCUAAACCAAAUUUGUCCCCAGAACAGCUUGUAGAUCUUGCUCGUCAAUCAACUAGCCCUCGUUAUGUCCCUCCACCUGCAUCUGCUCCUAGCACUCCUCAUCUUCCCGCGCUUACAAAUCCGGUGGAUUCAUCCAGUCAUGCCGCUGGUACAAUAACGGCACCUGCGACAUUCACCCCGUUACCCGAUGACAUUUACCUUCCUUUCAUCGAUCGUCCCAUCGAAGUGACUCAAUUACUAUCAACUCAUCCCACAACCAAACUUCUCUCCCUCCUCGCUCAGAUAUUUCCCAGGACACGAGGCCCAGAAAAUCUUGAUGAUUCCAUGUUCUCUACUAAUCCUGCGAAAUGGUCCUUCGGGACUUUGCGCUUCUGGCUAACCAAUGUGGAUAGACAAACAGCCAGUGACGCCCUCUGGGUGCGCAACGCGCGCAGAUGCGUACUUUCUCAUUCAGAGCUCAUCUGGGAGCGUCUGAAGGGGGCUCUUGGCGUCCCUCCCGAGCUCGAGGUUGACAGAGAAUAUGAUACGGAGAGUGCGAUUGCAGAGGAUGAUCACCCGCCACGCAUCUCUGUCUCUCCUAUUCCGGUAGUGUUGGACGGAGGUAGUGUGGUCGAGGACUCCGGAGAGUCAAACACGCACACUGUAUCUUUUCCUCUUGGCAAUGUCCAAUCGACUCAAUACGAUUCCCUACUCUCAUCCCCCCAAGACGACCCACUCUCCACCCCAAUUCACUUGUUGAUUGAGCCCAUACUCGCGACACCCUCCUCAAACACGAACAUCUCUAGUUCUGGUUCAGCUAAUCCACCCCCGCUUAGCCUCCCAUCAAACUUGUCACAGUCCACUUGUCUUGGACAGGGAGAUGGGCUGCAGGACAUUGGUGAGGAGGCAGAAGACGAGGACGGCGCAGACGCCGAAGCACCCGAAAAGGACACUCAACCUGUCGAAGAUUCUUCGCAGAUUCAUGGAUUACGCAUUUCCACUUCACCCGUGCCGUCUUCUCCUGUUUGUGUGUCACAACCAUUUUCACACCCUACUAGCCCAGUCAUGAAUUCGAAUGACUCAAGACGCAACAGUACGGAGCUUAAAUGGUCAUCGGAAUUUACCUUUCCCCUUGCUAGGCGUAUUUCUCGUACGAGUUCGCAUGGCUCGGUCAGUAGCCUUGGACGACCCACGUUCAGCUACAUCCACAACUCAGCUGGAUCCGACUUUGGAGAAAACGAUAGCGAGCGCGCGUAUGAUCCUGUUGGAGAUCGUGGUCCAGGAAAUCCACUUUUCCCCAGCAAUUUUGCGCGACUGGCAUUGGGCCCAACAUUGAGUGCGAAUAAUCCUAAUUUGCGUCCAGCGCAUCCGCGCAUUGCUAAAUGGGCGCCGGGUGGACGUCCUCCGAGUUGGAUUGAUGCUUGGGAUGCUGUCAAGCACGAAUAUGCCGCAACCACCGCUAGUGGUAGUAGUAUCGGGGGUGGUGAAUAAGCUGACGCACCACACUACACGCCGCGUUCUUAACAUCCAAUCUUUUCAUUCCUUCAAGCCUGGACCUCUUGCAUCUUUUUCCUGGUUCAUCAAUCUCUUUUUCUUGUAUUUUGGAAGUUGUAGCAAUGGUCAAAAUAUGCCGCAUGCGCAAUGUUGUACUUAUAGCGCUGCCUCGCCUCUUUCCUCGCAUUUGCUUCUCAUACGUAACAGUCUGGAUUGGAGGACAUAUGCAUAGGAUACAAUCGGAGAACAAUACACGAAUCACGCUGGCUCACGGAAUACACGUA